GUUCAUAUCAGAGUUUAGUAUUGUGGGGACUUUGCUGCUCACGCUAUUGAAAGUACGGCCGUCAUCCUGUUCUUGAUUGCAUAAAAUUCAUUUUAGUGGGGGUAUUUUUUGGUUUGUUUUCUUUAUAUUUUGUUAAUCAAUAAUUCCGUUAGUAUGUCAUCAGAGUCUGAGUGUAAAAAACCGAAAAUGGCAAACCCUUUGGAACAAUUAAAGGACUUAACAAUUGUUGUUGCUGAUACAGGCGAUUUUGAGGCUAUGAAAAAAUACAAACCUACCGAUGCCACAACAAAUCCAUCAUUAAUUUUGAUGGCAGCUACUAUGCCACAAUAUGCACCUUUACUAGAAAAAGCUGUAAAUUAUGCAAGAAAAUUAAGUAGUUAUCCUGAUAAACAAUUAGAGAUCGCACUCGAUGUCGUUUGUGUUUUGUUUGGAUGUGAAAUUUUAAAAAUCAUUCCAGGGCGCGUGUCAACGGAAGUUGAUGCAAGAUUAUCAUUCGAUAAAAAGGCUAGUGUAGAAAAGGCACGUCGUAUUAUUGAAUUAUACGAGGAACAUGGCAUUAGCAAAGACCGGGUUUUAAUUAAACUUGCAUCAACAUGGGAAGGAAUUCAAGCUGCUAAAGAAUUGGAAUCAAAAUAUGGAAUUCAUUGUAAUUUGACAUUAUUAUUUUCAUUUGCACAAGCAGUGGCCUGCGCAGAAGCUAAUGUUACUUUAAUUUCACCAUUUGUUGGACGAAUUUUAGAUUGGUAUGUUGCGAAUACUAACAACAAAGAAUAUGCACCGGAUCAGGAUCCAGGAGUUGUAUCUGUUACAAAAAUUUAUAAUUAUUAUAAGAAAUUUGGAUAUAAAACAGUGGUUAUGGGAGCAUCUUUCAGAAAUAUUGGUGAAGUAAAAGCUUUAGCCGGUUGUGACCUUUUAACAAUAAGUCCAAAAUUACUAGGAGAAUUAGAGGCAUCUAAAGAACCAAUCACAAAGAAAUUAUCCGUUGAUAAAGCAACAAAAUCAAAUUUAACACAAUUAGACACACUCACCGAAUCAAAAUUCCGUUGGUUAUUGAAUGAAGAUCAAAUGGCUACUGAAAAACUAUCAGACGGUAUCAGAAAGUUUGCUGUAGAUGUCGUUAAACUAGAAAACAUGAUUAAACAAUUGUUGAAAAAUGUAUAAAUUGUUUUUAGAUGUUUGUUACCAACAAAAUUACAUUCCACUCCAUUUGUAUUGUUGGAAUUUUUUUUAUUUUUUAAAAUAA